UGGCUGAUGUGGCUCUUUUCUCUCUCUCCAGGAUUUCUAUUAUUUCACUGAAGAUUGACCUUCAGGCAAAUUGUCAAGAAGUUUACGCAGGUAAUCUGGAGUCUACUCUACCUCUGCUAGCAUAUUGUCUUCAAAUAUUGCACGUCAACUUAAAGUGACGAGGCUUAAAUAUUCUACACACCACCCAAAAAAAUCCGCUAAAGUGGUCAUCUGACGACAGGUGGACAUCCAGUUGGACCAGCACCAUUUGUUGAAGAUGCUGUCUUUUUUCCAUUGAAUGGUUUUGGCUUCUUUGUCAAAAAUCGAGUAUUCAUAGGUUACCUUAGUCUCCAGCAGAAGUGCAGAAAUGCCAGCACCGACUGCUGUGCCACCUCCACAUCCCCUUCCUCCUGAUGGAGGUUGGGGUUGGGUGGUAGUUGGGGCAUCCUUUAUCUCCAUUGGAUUUUCAUAUGCCUUCCCCAAAUCUGUCACUGUAUUCUUCAGAGAUAUUCAGGAAAUAUUUCGUGCUGGACACAGUAAAGUCGCAUGGAUAUCAUCCAUCAUGCUGGCUGUCAUGUAUGCAGGAGGUCCCAUCAGUAGUGUCUUGGUGAAUAAGUACGGCAGCCGGCCAGUGGUGAUAAUUGGAGGGUUGUUAUGCUGUACCGGAAUGAUCUUGGCUUCCUUCAGCAGCAGCAUGAUAGAACUUUACCUCACGAUUGGCUUCAUUAGUGGUUUAGGAUUAGCAUUCAACCUGCAACCAGCCUUAACAAUACUCGGGAAAUACUUCUAUAGGAGACGACCCUUGGCAAGUGGCCUUGCCAUGACUGGAAGUCCUGUUUUCUUAAGCUCAUUGGCUCCCUUCAAUCAGUACCUAUUUAACAGUUAUGGCUUGAAGGGAAGCUUCUUAAUUUUGGGUGGCAUAUUUUUGCACUCCUGUGUGGCUGGGUCCCUCAUGAGACCGGUUGGGACCAGUCAACAAACUAUGAAGUCUAAAAGUAAGGUUAGUUCGAGACAUGAUUCCAGUAUGAAGAAACCCCCUAAGUUAUCAUUAGCACAAAGGAUUAAUAUGUUUUUGGAUUUCAGCCUUUUUAAACAUAGAGGGUUUUUGAUCUACCUAUCUGGAAAUGUCAUUAUGUUUCUAGGAUUUUUUGCCCCUGUUAUAUUCUUGUCUCCAUAUGCUAAAAACAGAGGAGUGGAUGACUAUAAAGCAGCUUAUUUGCUGUCUGUGAUGGCUUUUGUUGAUAUGUUCUCUCGGCCUUGUGGAGGAUUAAUAGCCAACACCAAGUUAGUCCGUCCAAGAAUCCAGUACUUCUUCAGCUUAGCCAUCGUGUUCACUGGCGUAUGCCAUCUCCUGUGCCCACUGGCAGAGAGCUACACAGCUUUGGUAGUCUACGCUAUAUUUUUUGGCUAUGGAUUUGGAAGUGUUAGCAGUAUCCUCUUUGAAACUCUCAUGGACCUUGUUGGACCUGCCAGGUUUUCCAGUGCUGUGGGACUUGUCACGAUAGUGGAGUGCUGCCCAGUUCUUCUCGGCCCUCCUCUUGCUGGUAAAUUGGUCGAUGAAACUGGAGAACAUAAAUACUUGUUCCUAGCCAGUGGGGCAAUCGUGGUACUAGCAGGCAUUUGGCUAUUCAUUGGCAAUGCUAUAAACUAUAGACUUCUUGCCAAGGAAAGGAAGAGAGAGAAAGCAAGAAAGAAGAAAUCACCUAGCCGUCAUUCCAAAGAGCUGGAGUCUUUGAGCAAGUCCAACCAGGACGAUGUUGCUGUCAGAGUCCCCCAGGCACACAGAUCUCCAUCAGAGAAAGAAAGAGAAAGUAACAUUUAACUGAUUCUCACUCCACAUCAGUGUUUAGGAAUUUACUUAUGAGUUUCUUGUGUUUUUCAAACUGUCAAAGGUUUUAGCUCAAACAAAUGAUCACAAAUAAUAAUAAUAAUGAAACUGAUACCUUCCUCAAUGACAUAUUAUAAAUUAGUUUUAACACUUGUUUUGUAGUUAAAAUUUGAGAUUAUGUGUAAAGAAAAUCGAUGCAGUGGCUUAUUUGGAGAGGUGACUUGGGAUGUUGUGAUGAAAAAGAAUUUUAAAAUCUUUCAGUGACAUUCACUUUUUAGCUGUAUAAUGAGAUCUGCAUCCCAAACCCCUGACUUACUUAAGCAUAAUUCAGCAUUAAUUCCACAUGAUGAUGCUCUUCAAAGUUCACUUUGAUAUAAAGUUAUGAGGUAAACUGAGGACAGUCAAGUCUCUAUUCACACACAAGGAAUCACAUAUCUAUCCACACAAACACUGAGUAUCUGGAGAUCAUAAAGAAAUAAAUGAAUUUGAAAAAAAGUAUUAUAGUCAUUUUUAAGUAAAAGAAAAAAACUCUUCCAGGAAGACAAUGGGAAUGUCUUUGUGUGCAAUUUGUGUGCAAUUUUAUAGUUUGAAUUAAAAAUAGCAGUAUAUGGUGAAAAUCAAAGUGUUGUCAAUUCAAAAAAGUGAGUGACUAUUACUACAAGAAAAAAUCUAUAUAAAAUAAGUUUGGCUUAAAUAGAAUCCUUUGCACCACUAUGUCUCUACACCCAUGCCAGAUUAAUCUGGUGCUAGAGAAUAGAACCCCCACCACCACCAAGGAAUUCUUACCUACUACAUAAACUGAAUUACAACUUAAUGGCACUGAACGAUCAGCUGAAUCUAUUGAUUUUAAAAGUAUCUUAAGUCAUAAUGUACAACUUAACAAUGACUUCAAACAAACAAACAACAACAGUGACAAAAACUAGGGUUUGAUCCCGAUUCAAUAUUGUGCUGUUCUGAACUCUCCAACCAAAUAAACUAGAAUCCUAGACCAGGUUAUUUUAGACCCGACAAGAGUAGGGGGCACUACAAAGCCAAUCACAGUCUUCUAACUCUUUGCUACAAUAAGUAAAAGCCAGCAACUAACCCAGGCCUUGAAUUCAGUCUCUGAACAUUCCUCCUGUUGUGGAAAAGAGAGAGGAGGCAGUUUAAAAUGCUGCCCUCUACCGAUUACAUUACCUGCUGCCUGAGAAUAAAGCCGGGAAAUUGAGGUGUGUUGGGUAGGAGACACUUCAGGAAAUACAGACUGUAGGGGCUGGCAGGCAUUUAGUUUAUAACACAAUACUGAUGUCGGAGAGUUGCUGCUCAGGUUAACUUUUCCUCAUUUUCCUAUGUAAAGGUAUCUGGCAUUCUUAAGGCAUAUCUGUGAUUUCCUAGUGUGUAAGUAUUAACUGAAACUAAGUAUUCUUAUGUCUCAUUUAAUUUUAUGAUAAAUAGAAAAAAUUUUGUGCUUUAUUACUGAAGCGAUGUCACUCUUACAGUGUCCUUUUCUAUUUUUUUUAUUGCAGUAGAGAUGGGUGCUAUUCUUAUUUCUUAGAAGACUCUACCUAGAUACCACUCUUUCAUGACAUUAACAUUAAAGAUUUGAUCUGCUCAUAACAUGUAUACACUUCAAACAUGUGGUUCAUAGAUUCAUAUUUAGGGAGCAAGAGAAGAUUUGGGUUUUCUUCAUCUAACAUUUGCUUUUUUGAAUAUGAAAAUACUUCUAAUUUUAAAUUAUUUUAUUAAAAUAAAGGUGUGCCGAUACUGUACAGAAAUGAAUCAGGACAAUGUGACACCAUAUGUCUUUUUUAAACUUAAUUCCACCCAGUCUUAAAUCAGCUUUUUAAUAUGAUUUCUUCUUUCGUAUUCACUUUGGUUUGUUAGAAGGAAUCAUUGUAGUCAGUCAUAACUACUUCCGAAACAAAUCUCUUGCAUUCUUUGAAAAUAUCUUUUAAGCCAUUAUACACAGGAGACAGCAGGAGGAGAGGAACACUAAGGCAGGGGGAAGGGUGGGCAGUCAGUGCCCCUGUGCUCUGUCCCUUGGUGAUCCUGCAGGGAGAUCCCAGGGCUUUUCUUUCUCCUUAGAAAGAGGUUUAGUUUUGUCACUUACUGAGGGCCCAAAUUAAAGAUAUUGCUUUUAUUUUGCUGCUUUUCAGUUGCCUUAAUGGUUAUAGCAUUGGUUUGUAUUUUUAUUUUUUUUUAAGGAGCUAUAACCUGAUGUGUUAAGCCAUGUUGGAAACAUGACAUUUAUAAGUAUGUGUAUCUAUAACAGAUGAACAGAUGUGUUCAGAGUUAAGCCCUGACUUACUCGCAUAGGUAACAAAACCAUAAUAGAAGUGAAUCUACUUAUUUGAUUUUUUUCCAGUCCAUGGCAUGUGUUGAAAUACUUGUUGCCUUAAUGAAAUUUCUCAAGGACUGAGGAAAGACUACUUGCCUAUCUAAUUCCAUAAGUACAGGAGGAAAUGCAGCUGGCACCCUUGUCUGCAACUUUACUGCAUUCUUGUCACCAAGAAACACCCGAUUUUAAAUGUUGAAGAUAAGAUACUAAAUUGAUACCAUUAAAAUCCCCACUGAGUACAAUUAAUCAUCUCAAAAUUAUGCAAAAGGAAGUAGAGCACGCAUAAUUUGUGAUCACUAGCUAAUUCACAUAUCUUGCCGUUUGCUUGUUGAAUAGCCCAUAGUUUUUGCUAUGUCACCUUAACUAUUUCUUCCUCAUCCAUAGACAUUUCUGCCCUAGAUUUCUUUCUUGGUGCUUUUGGAAGAGGUAAUGGGCUGGGUAGUAAUAAGUAUCAUACUCACGACCUGAUGUUUUCUCAGUAUAAAUUCAUAUGGCUUGGGGCUGGAGAGAUGGCUCAGAGGUUAAGAGCACUGUCUGCUCUUCCAGAGGUCCUGAGUUCAAUUCCCAGCAACCACAUGGUGCCUCACAGUCAUCUAUACUGGGGUCUGCAUGCUCUUUGGCAUGCAAGUGUACAUGCAGACGGGGCACUCAUACACAUAAAAUAAAUUUUAAAAUCUUUUUAAGAAUUCAUAUGACUCAUAGUUCACCAUUUUGUUCUGUGUUUCAACCACCUUUACUUAAAUGGCUACAUGUUCAACCCAGAUACUAGAAAAGAAAUAAAACAAUUCUGCUUCAUACGUUCAAAAGUAUACUAUAAAGACAUAACUUGUCUACUCACUCACUUCUACCCCUACAACCUGACAAUCAAGAUUAUAGAAAAGUAUAAUGUAAUUUUGUAUAACUGAUAUAAAUACUUGAAAUUACAUUUUAUCCAAAAUAGAGGAGCUAAGAGAUCUGUGACAUACACUUUGCCUCAAUAUUUAAACCAAAGCCAUACCCAAAGCCCUAAUGUGAUACUGUAGAACGUGACCCACGAAGGCACAUGGAUGCGCACAUGCAAGCUCAGGAAAUGUCUCUGAUAGUAAAAAUAGUACAUUGUCAAACCAAAUUUUAAACCUAAGCUUAUCUAAAAGCAGAAAGAGUCCCUAGGGUGUUCACUCAACUUACAAAUACAGAUGAUCGUACGAAAAGCAAGUAAAAAGAUAGAUACAAAAGUGCAAAUGUUAUAUUGGAAAUUAGACUUAACUUCAAUCUCUACUAUGAUUUAUUAAAUGUCCAUUAAUAUAUGCAUUUACUAUAAGCAAAAUAUAGUUGCCUGCUUAUCAUCAGUUCAGUUUAUCUCAAAUAAUUGGAAUUAUAUAAUAGCUGAAAGUGCUUUCAUAAAACCUUUUCUCAUAUAAAUGAUGACAUGUAUAUAUGUCUCAAAAGUAAUGUAUUUCUCCUGAAGUCAGAAUUUAAAAAAAUGUUAUUUAUUAUACAUAUACUAUUCCUAUACUUACUAUAGAAUAUAAUUAUUUGAAUUCUAUUAACUAUCCCGUUUUUAGCAUUGCCCCUGAAACUAAGAAAUAAAUGUUUAUGAGGUCAAAGUAAUUAAAUUUAUCAGUACAAUACAUUUUUCAUUAUUAAAGAAAAACAUAUCCUAUAUCGUUACUUAUUAACUUCCUCUGAGCAUGAUCUUUGUUCCAUGAGAACACAACUGUUACUGCAUUUGUCAUUUCUUGCUAGACAUUUUGAAGAGCUUAUGCAUCACUUUUUGUUUGAGGAGAUCAGUCUCACUGCAGUUUCCCGAUGGCAUCAGAUGCUGUUAUUCCUCUGUCGUUUGCAAGAAUAGCCUCCCUGAAGCAAUAUAUAUUUCAAGACAAAGCUGCACAUCUUCACAAAUAGGAACGACCCUUCUGAUUCUAGGCUCUAGAGUUCUGAGAUUGUAAAGGUCUAGAAGCUUUCUUUCAAAUACGGAUUUUUCUGUAAGCAGGAUAAAUACAUAAUUGAAUCUGAUUUGACAAAACCUAGCAAAGUAAAUCUAAGUGUCCUUGGCAAUUGCCUUCUGGCCUUCAAGAAUUAGAAUUAACCAUGGUACGCUUCUGUGUUAUCAAUACAGUGUGACCACUGAUAAAGAUCCACCACAACUGUUCGCAACUCCAAACAUAUUUGGCAAUAUUGAAGAAAAUACUAUCUAUCCUAUCUAGGUUAUUCUAAAGUUUUGUACCUAAAUCAUUCACUAUAUGAUCUUGUAUUUAUCAAUUUAAAAAAACAUCUUUCUCAACCGUACAAUGUUUUCUUAAAUCCUAAACAACUUAAGCCUAAUUAGGAAACUAUAACUAUUUAGUCUUCAACUGCAUCAGAGACUUGAAAAGCAAUAAAAUUUAGGAAGUGCAGGCAAGCAGCUCCCAAAACUAAGAGAUGAUAUAGACAGUUUAUGGCCUGGUCAGUCACCCAUGAGCCAUGUCUUGAGGCCAUCAUCUUUACCAUUCAAACUUUGUCUUUGAGUGCUCAUACUCCGUAGACUUUGCGUCUUCAAACAGUAUUAUUGUAAGAGUAGAAAUCCUCUCUCUGCUUUCUUUGCUUUGAUACACUGAUGGACAAAUCUUGGAAACCUUGUGAUAGUAUUAUGAAUGACAUUUCUAAAAGUCUCUUUUACUUUUUCAUACUUCUAUAGAAAUCAAAAACAAACAUCAAAAAUCAUUCAUAAUGAAAUAAAUCUGUGGAAUAACAGUGUUGACUCUUUGGAGGUCAUUUUGACAAAGUAGACAAAGGACUCUUCUGCGCAGAAAUGUUUGCAGAACAUUUCUAGGGACAUCUGCUGUGGAGUCCACGGUAGUGUAGGUGUCCACCAGCUGGCAUGGCUCCGGAGAACUUUGUGCAUCUGGGAGACUGUUACACCUCUCCAAGCAUAUGCAGAUUGGUUAUGUUCAACCAGACUGGUGCAACAUGACCAGUAUUGUCAUUGUCACAGGGGACAAUGAGGCAUCACCUUUCUUGGUGAUGGUGCAAUCGAUAUCAUUUUAUUUAACCAAAGGGGCCGUACAGUAAUUUCUGGAGGUGAAACAGCAGGAUCUUCCCAGAUAUUCAAUGCAAUCGGCAUUUGAUUUGAAACUUUGAAAAGUAUGUGUUUAUGAAAUAUUUUCAAACAUGAAAAAUUCUCUAUUUGUGAAAGAAAUUUUGAAAAGUUAGGACAUACUUUGAAUAAAUAUUUUCUCAUCAUAGUUUUAGAUUAAAACUAAGAUUGUUGGGGGAAGUUAUAUAAAAUAUCUUGUUAUUAAUAAGAUACAUAUAACAUAUAGUAUAACCACAGCUCCUUUUUGAAAGAAUUCCCAAAGAGAAUGGAUUUUGGUUAAUUUGUAAAAAUUAUUUUAAUUAUACAUUAUGCUUUAAGCUCUAAUUCUAAGAUUUCAAAGUGAAACAUUUUAUGUUUUGUUCUUUCUGUAUCUUGAUGACCGCUGACCACACCACCACAGGGUUAUAUGAACAUGGAUAUUCCUUAAAAUAAUGAUUAAGGUAGCCCUGCUUGACACCUAAGAUGAUGCAGUCAGUUGUUUUCCCAUGAUCUAAGCCAUGCCUGUGCUUGCCUCAGGUUUUGAAAAUAAAGUAUAAAAUAUUCAGUGUGAAUGCCCAUCAAAGUUUAGUAGUAAAAUGUGAACUGCUCUUCUUGUUUCUGCAAGUGACUGUAAUUUAAGCACAUUUUGAUAUGUAUUUCUGGAAAUUUUUGUUUAUGUAGCCAUUCAUAAUUUAGGGAAUAAGUCACAUAAAAAUGAUUCCCCUUCACCAAAUGAAAGAUAGCUGGUAUUUUCAUGUAAAUGCAUAUUUUACUUUAUGUUAUGUAGGUUUGUUGAAAUCCAGAGUAAAUUGUUUUGAUAAUGAUCUCCCUUUUAAAGGAACAUUCCCAAGUUACUGAAGCUGUGAGCUCCUGCCAAGGUGUCACAUGGACCAACGAGAGUUGCUAUGUUUCACUGCUUAAAAAAAUCUGAAAGCCAAUGCCCAAUUCCUCUGAGAGAAUAUGUUUUGCUUAUGUUUUCAAGGUCUUUUCUUUCCUUCUAGCCUGUGAACUUCUUAUGGACACGGAUGUUUCUAGACUCACUUUCAUGUCCAGCAUAGGGCCAGGCAUAGACUAGUUUCCUCAUGGAAAUGAAUGAAUGGAUCUAAAUUGUUUAGAGUCCCAUGAUAUUCUAUGAUAUGGCCUGAGGCAUAGUAGGAUAAUUCUCUGUCUAGUACCAAACAGUAAGGCAGAAAAUACCUUGGAGUCUUUCCCCUACUCAAAAUUGAUAUUCUGACUUGAAGGGUCCAUUGUAGUUUUCUCAGUCAACCAUUCUAUGCAAAUGCUGAGACAUGCAGCAGGUAAGCUUCAUGGUACCUGUCGAUUAUUUAUAUUUUCUUUAUAAAGUCAGAAAGGCUCUAUUUAGGCUUCCUGAAAGUAUUGACAAUCAUUUUAAUUACUGAAGGUGCUACUUAUUUUCCAACAUUGACCUUGAUAAUGAAUGUUCCUCUCUGCUGAAUUUUAUGUGUUCUUUUUUUAGGGGUGGGGAGUGGUGCAAUAAAAUUAGAUUACCUUUUUUCUGAAUUAUGUAACUUGAGAAAGUCUCUUUUACUCUAUUGUUACUGUAUCUUAAUUAUUACUGCUCAUGAAUUUAAUUGUAGGUCUGUGCUGUUUAUUAGGAAGUACAUGCACAUAUAUUUCUAUAGUAUGUAAGGCAAACGUGUGUUGCUUAUUAAUCUAAAAUUUAUGUUCUUGUUGAAUCUUGGAAAUGAAAUCUGGAACUGUUUUUUCUUAAUCAUUAAGUGCUAUGCUGUUCUAUGCUGAUAGAAACCUAAUGUCCAACUCCAGCCCACAUGUAAGGGCCCAUUUUGUCUGGGUGUAUAUAAAUAAUAACAAUGGAAAGAUUAAUGUCAACACGAAAAUAAUACAACCAACUCCUAAUGGCUA